GUGCGGGCCGGCGGGUGUGGGGGCGGUGUCGCGGCCCCGCCUGGCUCCGCCCUUCCUCCCCGCGGCUGAGCGGAACCCCGGUGCGCGGCGCGGGGAGCCGGCCGGGGCGGGCAGGCGCGGAGCGGAGCGAGGAUGAGCACGAAGCAGGUGACGUGCAGGUACUACGUGCAAGGAGUGUGCCGGGAGGGAAAUAAGUGUCUGUUCUCACAUGAUUUAUCUACAAGCAAAUCGUCUACUAUCUGCAAGUAUUACCAGAAGGGACAGUGCGCCUACGGAACUCGGUGCAGGUAUGAUCACACUCGACUUCCCACGUCAGGGGCCGCAGCAGCCCCUGCGCCGCCUCCCCUCUCAUCGGCAGCGCUGCACAACCCUCGCCACCCUCCCGAGCACAGCGCGCCGAUAAUCAGGAGCAAACUGCACGAGACUGGCAAACGGGAGAAGAAGACGCUGGUGCUCAGGGACAGAAAUCUGCGUGGCUUGAAUGAAGACAAGCAGAAACCCAGUGCCACAAGCGAUGUGGUGUGUUGCAGUGACCAAAACGAUAAUCUGGAAGUGAAGCCCCAUUCGUAUUUGGAAGCUAUUUGCAGUGGACUGGAAGAUCCGGUGGCUGGAAGCUCCUGUGCUGAAGGAGAGCAGCUGUGUCCUUACGCUGCAGCGGGAGCGUGCCACUUCGGAGAUCGCUGCCUUUACCUCCACGGAGACGUGUGCGAGAUCUGUGGAUUGCAAGUGCUUCACCCUUUCGACCAAGAACAGAGGAAGGCUCACGAGAUGAUGUGCAUGGCGACAUUUGAGCAUGACAUGGAGAAGGCCUUUGCCUUUCAGGCGAGUCAGGACAAAGUCUGCAGUAUCUGCAUGGAAGUGGUGUACGAGAAACCGUCGGCCUCCGAGAGGAGGUUUGGGAUCCUUUCCAACUGCAAUCACACGUACUGCUUGUCUUGCAUCCGGCAGUGGAGAUGUGCCAAGCAGUUUGAGAACCCGAUUAUAAAGUCUUGCCCGGAGUGCCGUGUGAUAUCCGAGUUUGUCAUUCCAAGUGCGUAUUGGGUGGAAGACCAGGAGAAGAAAAACGAGCUGAUUGAAGCAUUCAAGCAGGGAGUGGGGAAAAAGCCCUGCAAGUACUUUGAACAAGGGAAAGGAACCUGCCCGUUUGGAGCGAAGUGUCUUUACCUUCACGCUUACCCAGAUGGGACGCGAGCUGAACCUGAAAAACCACGGAAACAGCUCAGCUCUGAGGGGACUGUGCGGUUCUUCAAUUCUGUUCGUCUGUGGGACUUUAUUGAAGACAGAGAAAGUAGGACUGUGACCAGCACGGACGACGAAGUAACAGAGCUUGGAGAACUUUUCAUGCAUCUUUCUGGGGCUGAUGAGGAUUCUGCUACUUCUCAAUAAAGAGAACUCAAGGAGAUUUAAGAACUAAUACACCAUACCUCAGAGUAGUACCUGCAGUUAGAGUCAAGUUGACUGUAUCCUUGCAGCGAGUGUUCCGGCAGUGGGACCUGGACACUGCCUGGCUCUCAACGACUGCGUGAGUGACGUUCCUACCCUUGUUUUAAAACACCUGAAGUGUGCAGUGGCAGGGAGCGUCUCGCGGAACACCUGUUGUAAAGCAAAUAUGACUGUACCGGUGAAUAUGUUCAGGCAGAGAAAUGCUGGGGUCACUGCAUACAGCUAAAUUAAACUUACAGCACAAAUUGGAUUUUGGAAACUGUGUGAUGAGAGUAAGUAGUUACUUCCAAUAGUCACUGCAACAGUAAUAGUUACGUUUUAGUUCAAAGGGAUUUAACUGGAAGGGAGACCUCGAUUCAGUUAAAUGAAGUAGCCAAAAUUAAAUGAAGUAACUAAAUGAUUUUCUGAUCUCCUUAGGAUAGUGAUCUUAGAGCUUGCAACUAUAGAACAGAAAUAAUUUCAGGUACAAAAGAAACAAGUAGUUUUAACUGCUGCUUUUCUUAACUAGACCGUGUGGCUGGUAGAUCUGUACCUCUAGCAGCAGUGAGACCCACUUUCCCUGGAGCUCCCCCUCUCCAGUUGCAGAUACCCUUACUAAAAGUGCAGGCAGACAUUCACAGGUUUUGCAAUUUGAUUGUGAAACUUGAUACAAGAAGUUAAUGCUGCUAAGUCAUUUGUAUUAACUUUGCAGUUAAACUAAAACUUCAGCCCAGACACAACUGAAAUGGCUACUGAUUGACAUAGCAUCAAAAUGCUCGAGUACAAGCAGCUUUUUUUUUUCACGUGCAUACAGCGCAUGAUCCUAACGUAAGUAGAAGGCUGGUCUAACCGACGGCCGGAGGAUAAGGCUGCGGCCCCUUCAGAGGCUGCUUGUCUGUAAAGACUUGAGCAUUUCAGAAAGUGUGAUUGUUGAGACAACAGAAAUUAUUUGUAUUGUGAAGCAAAGUAUAUUUGGAGACGCUUGUGCAAAACCCUUACGUCAGCAGAGCAAACAGGGCGCUGCUUUGAGGGUUAGUAACUGUGCUCUGGGUCACUGCUGUAAAGCAAACAGCAGGAACCUUAAUCUGGGAUUUAAACAUUUUUAAACACCACCAAAUUAGUGACUCCAGGAUUAUCCGCUUCAACUAUUGGUUGGCAUUUCUGGGUCAAAACUGAAGCUGGGAAAGGUUCUGGAUGGAAAUACGCAUUUCUGUGAGGGUUCCAGAAGAAGAGGGAGCGCUCCUCCCAUCGCUGCUGGCCAACACUUCCCUCAAGUUGAACAUGCACAUUUUGCUCUCUGUUCUGACCCAGGAAAUGUAACUUUUCCACACUUGUUUCCCCCUAAAGUUAACCUUUAACAAUGCUUACUGCAAAGCUGGGCCUACAAAACCUUGUCAGCUGCUUUUAAAAAGUGGCAUGUGAAGGUCUUACUCUAGGAAGCCCUAUUAGAGUAAUUACAAAGGUGAAGGCAAAUAAAGUAUCACUGAGCGAUGUGGUACUCCAAGGGGAAGGUUACAGAGCACUUGCCCAUGCACGCUUUCUACCGCAAAAUACUUAAACAGCCCUUAGACCCCCUGCUCAAGCUUGUUUCUAGCUGGUCUUGCACAUUUUUUUCCAGAGAGAAAUACUUUCAGUAAUAAAAUAUACCCAAAAAAAGUCAAUGGAGAUGAUAUUCGUUACCUUAAACAAGACAUUCGUGAUUUACUUU